UCAUUCUGUCUUACAUUACACCCUGGGUUGAAAUGACAUCGGAGUUUCCCCACGCCUUAACAGGGCCCUCGUCUAAGGAGAGAAAAUACGAUCGCCAGUUGCGGCUUUGGGCUGCCAGCGGACAGCAAGCUUUAGAGGAGUCGCGGGUGCUCUUGGUCAAUUCGGACGGACCGUGGGGCAACAGAAGCACGGGGGUGUCCGGCGUAGUGGGUGUCGAAACGCUCAAGAAUCUUGUCCUCCCAGGCGUUGGAGGCUUCACGAUCGUUGACCCUGCUGUGGUAACUGAGCCAGACCUCGGGGUAAACUUCUUCCUUGAGAAUGAAAGCCUGGGCAGGUCAAGAGCUGAAGAGACGUGUCGACUACUGAAAGAGCUGAAUCCUGAUGUAGAAGGGAGCUUUCGAACCAAGCCUAUUGCGGAGAUACUUCAAGAAGAGCCCGGGAUUCUGGCACAACAUAAACUCAUUCUAAUAUCUGGCCCUAUAGAGCAUUCAUCACUGCGGGCCCUCUGCGAUGGUGCCAAAAAGCUAGCAAUCCCGGUCCUCUACACGCGGUCUGUUGGAUUCUACUCCACGUUCUCUCUCCAGCUUCCUGCUGUGUUUCCUAUAGUAGAAACGCAUCCAGACCCGGAGUCAACCCAGGACCUUCGUCUUCUCAAUCCCUGGCCGGAAUUGACUGCGGCUGGUGCUAGUAUCAGGAACUUGGACAGUUUUGAUGAUCAUCAACAUGGCCACGUUCCAUACGUAUUAUUACUUCUUCAUUAUUUGGAAAAAUGGAAGGAAACUCAUAACGGCAGCGUACCCUCAAACUAUAAGGAGAAGACGGCAUUUAGGGACUUCGUGCGGUCUUGCGCAAGGACAAAUAAUUCACAAGGCGGGGAAGAAAAUUAUGAUGAAGCCGUUGCAGCUGUGCUAAAAUCGCUUAACCCAUUCAGUUUGCGGAGUUCUACCCGGGAGAUUUUUGAGAUGGAAGAAUGCAGACAAUUAAGCGCCGCUUCGGCCGAUUUCUGGGUCAUUGCAUCAGCUGUUCGCGAAUUCUACGAAACACACCAACUUCUCCCUCUUCCUGGGUCACUUCCUGACAUGAAAGCCCAGUCAGCCGACUAUGUCUCAUUGCAAAAUAUCUAUAAAACGAAAGCAAGGGAAGAUAUCGCAGAAGUCACGGAUAUUAUCAGAAGGUUAGAGUCUCAGUUGGGCCGAGCCGCCAGAGUUGAUGAUAAGGAUAUCGAAAUAUUUUGCAAAAACGCCUCCCACAUCCAGGUGAUUCGUGGGCGUGAUAUUCCACAAGUGGAUGGUGGUGAAGACACCAAAAAGCGUCUACGACUCGAGCUUAAUAACGACGAAUCUCUAAUUCCCGUUUACCUGGCUUUUGAAGUCCUGGAUACUGUCGUAACCGGGAUUCAGGAGGGAAAGUAUCACCAAGACGCCCUGGACGAUGAUGGGAUCUGGUCUUCCGAAAUUGGUCGCAUUCUCGCUGUUAUUGCAGCGGACGCUGCCGUUGACGAGGCCCGAAAUCGUGUCCUUGACGCCGCACAGGAGCUGCGGAGGACAAAGGGUGGCGAGCUGCACAACAUAUCCUCCCUUACUGGCGGUUUAGUGGCACAGGAAGCUCUCAAGGUGCUCACUAGGCAAUAUGUACCUUUGGAUAAUACGUGCAUCUUCGACGGCGUUCGCAGCAGCAGCGCCAUGUACAAGCUGUGAUGGGUAAUGCUGGGUAAAAUUGCCGGGAAACGCAGAGACAAUACUGGCUAUAGCUAGACAGCUUU